AGAAGAAACCCACCUCUCGCUCUUCUCGUGUUGGUCGUUAGAAAUAUAUGAAGCCAAUGAAUUAUCUGAGGAAGUGGAUGAGGAAGUGGAGGAGCAUGACAAUUGAAAGGAUGCCAAGAGGUUGGGUUCGAGGUGAAGAGCGUGAAUUGUGCUAAUCAAUGGAUGGGAUCAUUGAAGUCAAAGAAAGUUCAAUAAGAAGGGAAGGGAAGGCAGCUAAGAAGGGUCUCCAGCUGGAGAUGCAGUCCAUUUGGAUAGAAGCAAAGGCAGAGGGGAAGCUUGUAUCAAGCCGUGAGAUUGUUCAGAAGGUCCUGAAGAAAAAGGUGAAGUAUGGACCGAAGGAGAGCCCAAGAUCCACAAAGGAGUUAGAAUGUUUUGUGUCAUGGUCGAAAACUUGGAAUGUUUGGUUAUGGUGAACAAGG